GGGUCACUCGGCCGGCCAUGGUCGGGGCUGAGGCCUGGGGAGGGUGGGGACCGAGGCCUUCUUCUUCCCCUUUGUAGGCGGCCUCCUCCUCCUCCUCCUCCUCCUUUACUCUUCUUCCCUUCUGUUUACUUCCAGGGAGAAAAAACUGAGGAGGAGCCCUGCUGCUGAGGAAAAGCCCUGAGCCAAGAAGAGCCUCUUUGGGGGCGCCCUCAAGGAGUAAGGCGCUAAGUUGCUCUUGUGGACUUUUACUUCAAGAAUGUAAUUCUAUGAAGAUGAGGAAUGAUUUUUGUCACAGAUAUUGCUCCACUUCCCCCUCUGGAGCCUGUUAGCGUCAGAGUUCAACUGUGAAAUUUUUGACCACUGACAGAACAAGAUACCCUCUGGCAUGGAGCUGGAGAGGAGUGAACAACCUGUUGUUAUGAGAGACGACAAUAAACGGAGGAGAAGGAGGAUGAAACCACACUGUACAGCAAGCAGUUUGUCUGCAACAGAAUUGAUAACCAUUGAAUUUGUUCUGCCCACAAGCAACAUGUUAAUAGAUAUAGCCAGCAACUGUACAGUAGAACAGAUGAAAGCACAAGUUUGGAUGCGAGCAAUAGAGCGGAAUCAGAACUCAGAAUACUACCAUAAAUUCACUCCAGAUCAGUUCGUUCUUCACUACCAAAAGAAGGGUCAGUGGUAUGAAAUUUAUGACAAACAUCAAAUAAUACAGACACUAGACUGCAUAUUGUAUUGGAAAGUGUUACAAAAGAAGGUUGGGAAAAUUCAUGUGGUCCAAAAGCAAAAACCCACAAAGGAAGUUCAGGAGUUUCAAAAGCAACUCAAUUACUUGAUUGGCUAUGAUGUCACUGAUAUAAGUAAUGUGCAUGAUGAUGAGCUGGAAUUUGCUCGCCGUAGAUUAGUCACUCCACGAACAAUUGAAGUAUCUUGCAGAGAUCCAAAAUUAUAUUCAUUGCACCCUUGGACUACAUCCAAACCACUCCCAGAGUAUUUGCUUAGUAGAAUUGUCAAUAAUAAUAUUUUUAUAAAUAUCCAUAGAGGAACAACUAGUCAGAAGAUUAAAGUGGCCAGUGAUGACACUCCAGAUAUGAUCCUUCAGAGCUUUUUCACAAAAAUGGCAAAGAAGAAAUCUUUGAUUAAUAUUCCUGAAGAUCACAGUGAACUAGACUUUGUCCUUAGGGUAAGUGGCAGAGAUGAAUAUAUUGUAGGAGAGACACCUAUUAGAAAUUUCCACUGGAUAAGACAGAGCCUUAAAAAUGGGGAAGAAAUUCAUCUUGUUUUGGAUGAUCCACCUGACCCAAACCAGGAUGAAGUGCAAAAAGAGGAAUGGCCCUUGGUAGACGACUGCACUGGAGUUUCAGGAUUUCAUGAACAAUUGACAAUAGAUGGCAAAGAUCAUGAGAGAGUAUUCACUAUAUCAUUGUGGGACUGCAAUAGGAAAUUCCGGGUCAAGAUAAUUGGCAUUGAUAUCCCAGUGCUACCAAGAAACACAGACCUUACUGUGUUUGUUGAGGCUAAUAUUCAACAUGGGCAGCAGCUCCUUUCACAGAAAAGAACUAGUGCUAAGCCAUUUAAUGAAGAAGUCCUGUGGAAUGUUUGGCUUGAGUUUGAUAUCAAGAUUAAAGAUUUACCUAAAGGUGCAUUACUGACUCUGCAGGUAUUUUGUGGCAAAGCACCAGCAUCAUCCACUAAGGCUAACCUCCAGCCACAUGAUUCCCCCAGUCCAGAUUCUAAAUGCAAAACCCAGCUUCUCUAUUAUGUAAAUAUUUUGCUGAUCGACCACCGCUCCCUGCUUCGGACUGGUGAUUACGUGCUCCACAUGUGGAAAAUUUCAGGCAAAGGGGAAGAGCAGGGGAGCAUAAAUGCUGAUAAGCUUACCUCAGCCACCAAUCCAGAUAAAGAGAAUUCAAUGGCUAUCUCAAUUGUUCUGGACAAAUACUGCCACCCAAUUGCCUUACCUAAACACAAGAUAGCAGUUGAUCCACAAGGAGACAGGACCAGAGCUGAAAUGCCAAACCAACUGCGCAAACAGCUUGAAGAGAUCAUAGCCACCGACUUGCUUAAUCCACUUACUCCUGAAGACAAAGAAUUACUGUGGCAUUUCAGAUAUGAAAGCAUAAAGCAUCCAAAGGCAUAUCCUAAGCUUCUUAGCUCAGUGAAAUGGGGACAGCAAGAAAUAGUAGCAGAAACAUACCAAUUAUUAGCUAAAAGAGAUGCUUGGGACCACAGCACUUUGGAUGUUGGAUUACCAAUGCAACUCUUAGACUGUAACUUUUCAGAUGAAAAUGUGAGAGCCAUGUCAGUACAAAAACUAGAGAGUUUAGAUGAUGAUGAUGUUCUUCAUUAUCUCUUGCAACUAGUUCAGGCUGUGAAAUUUGAACCUUAUCAUGACAGUGCAUUAGCCCGGUUUCUUCUAAAACGAGGCUUAAGAAACAAAAGAAUUGGACACUUUUUGUUCUGGUUUUUGAGAAGUGAGAUUGCACAGUCCAUGCAUUAUCAGCAGAGAUUUGCUGUGAUCCUAGAAGCUUAUUUGAGAGGUUGUGGGAAAGCCAUGCUGCAAGACUUCUUGAAACAGGUUCAAGUAAUUGAACUGUUACAAAAAGUGACCAUGGAGAUAAAGUCACUUUCUGCUGAAAAGUAUGAUGUCACUCCUCAAGUAAUCACACAGCUCAAACAAAAGCUUGAGAAACUACAGGACAACAAGUUUCCUGAAUGCUUUAGAGUUCCAUAUGACCCUGGAUUGAAAGCAGGAGCACUUGUGAUAGAAAAAUGUAAAAUAAUGGCAUCCAAGAAAAAACCUCUUUGGCUAGAAUUCAAAUGUGCAGACCCUACAUCACUAUCCAAUGAAACGAUUGGCAUCAUCUUCAAGCAUGGGGAUGAUCUGCGGCAGGACAUGCUAAUUUUACAGAUACUUCGGAUAAUGGAGUCCAUCUGGGAAGAAGAAUCCUUAGAUUUAUGUUUGUUGCCAUACGGCUGCAUUUCGACAGGGAAUAAAAUAGGAAUGAUUGAAAUUGUAAAAGAUGCUACAACAAUUGCCAAAAUCCAGCAAAGCACAGUUGGAAACACUGGAGCAUUUAAAGAUGAAAUACUAAACCAGUGGCUCAAGGAGAAAUGUGUAAUUGAAGAAAAGUUUCAGUCAGCAGUGGAAAGAUUUGUGUACUCUUGUGCUGGUUACUGUGUGGCGACCUUUGUCCUUGGAAUAGGAGACAGGCAUAAUGACAACAUUAUGAUUACAGAAGCAGGUAAUCUCUUUCACAUUGACUUCGGCCAUAUUCUUGGAAAUUACAAAAGCUUCCUUGGAAUUAAUAAGGAACGAGUUCCUUUUGUGUUGACACCAGAUUUUCUUUUUGUUAUGGGAACCUCUGGAAAGAAAACAAGUCCACGCUUUCAAAAUUUUCAGGAUAUCUGCGUGAGGGCUUAUCUUGCCUUACGGAAGCACACAAACCUCCUCAUCAUCCUGUUUUCUAUGAUGCUAAUGACUGGAAUGCCUCAGCUGACCAGCAAAGAAGACAUUGAAUAUAUUCGUGAUGCACUAACUGUUGGUAAAAAUGAAGAAGAUGCUAAAAAGUAUUUCCUAGAUCAGAUUGAAGUGUGUAGGGAUAAAGGCUGGACUGUGCAGUUCAAUUGGUUCCUACAUCUUGUGCUAGGAAUUAAACAAGGAGUAGAAAAACAUUCUGCCUGAUGAGGAUGUGUACAAAUAGCUGGGAGGUAAUCCUCUGCUUCUUCUAAUGGUUCUCACCAGGGAUGGCCUAAAAUGCUUCUAAGGACUUUCCCCCUGCUGACCCCCCCCCCCCCCAAAAAGAUCUUAUUUUGGGGCAUGACAGUACUGUACAAUAAUGUUUUAACAUAGAUACUUUGCUGAGGUGGCUUUUUCUCUCUCAGUGCCACUGAUAUUUAAUAAAUUAUUGGUAGAAUUUGGAUGACAGAACUGAAAAAGAAGCACCAUGCUAUUUCCCACUUGGUUCAUGAAACAAUAUAGAUACUUGAAAGAAGAAGGUUCUUCUGAAAGCUAUGGGGCAUUCAAAAUAUUUUAAAGCAAUAUUUUUGUAUUUUACUUAAGCCAUUUGAUUAUUUUAAGGUCUUCAGUAAUACAUUAUUCCCUUUAUUGUAGUUUUAACAUGUUUUUUCUGUUCAUAAUACUGGCAAAGUAGUCUUUGUAUUACGGUGAAUUAAGGCUAAAAAGUUGGUAGAGAACAUGAUAUGGUCUUUGUAAGUGACUAAAUUGUAUAUAAUGUGUCAUGUGCAAUUUGGAACUACUGUAUAUACUGGACUAUAAGUCGACCUCAUGUAUAAGUUGAGGGCAAGUUUUGGGGCCAAAAUUAUGGAUUUUGCCAUGUACCGUUGAUAAGUCAAGAGUAAAACUUGGCAGUUCCUUCAGUGUGUGUAUGUAUGUAUGUGGCAAGAGAGACUCUUAAAGAAGCAGCGAUCAAUCACCCACUAGUCUGUCUGCUUCAACGUUUCAGCCUUCACUCCAGAGACACCAGUACGCGGGUUGGAGAGGGAUACUUAAGGAAAUGGCAAUCAGCCACUGAGGACUCUUUCUGCUUGGCUCAAGAGAGAAAGGAACUGCUCUCCCAACCUCAUGGGGAAAUCUGAAAGAGCUGCUAUCACAUUACCAUACUGACCCAUAAAUAAGUCAACCUGGGAUUUUGGGGUCAAUUUUUGGGCAUACAUUUUUCGACUUAUAGACGAGUAUACAAGGUAGCUAAUCAAUAUCUCUGAAGCCAAAGUGAUCCACUCAUUGAGUAGUUCAGAUAAUCCCUUCAUCCAUUGAAGAUGAAGGAGCAUAUUGUUAGAGCCAGUUUGCAUCUUGGGGGGAAAAUCAUUCAGAUUAAUAAGAAGACAUUAGUUGACCUAUUUUUUUGUGACUUGUACUAAGGCAUGGGCAAUAAUCACUGUAUUUAUAAUAUCACUUUGUGCCUGCUUCUGUUCCAUACAGAGAAACAGUAAUGGGAAGCUCUCUAUCAUCAUUUACCCCCUCCAAUGGAAGAGAAAUGCUUUUAGUAAAUAUAUUUCUCCACCUAAUUUUUAUGGUUAGCAGUGUAUCUGAUUUCAAAAGUUUCAACAUUUUUUUUCUGAAUUUAUUUUUUUAAAGGGUGGUAUUUUUUAUUUUGCCACGGGAGGUUAUAUAUUCAUAAUAAAAUUACAUAGUAAGCUCAGAUUUUAAAAGUUUUAUGGUGGUGGUACUAUUCCUUUAAAAAGUGCUGUCUAAGAGGUCCUCAUUUUUUAAGCAAAUAUUUGAAAGUCAUAGCAGUUACAUUUAUUUCCUCAGUUGCAUGGUCUAAAAAGCUAUCUUGAACAUGCACAAAACUUGCAGAUACAUUCGUGUAGCCUUUGGCUAAACAGCACACAGACACACACACACAACUAUUUGAAAGUCCUCUCCACAUUUGCUGUUUGGUUUGCUGUUUGGAAAGUAGUGUUUGGGGAAUAAAAGCGCAGAGGUGUAUCAAACAUAUGGAUAUGAUCAUAUCAUUUUCUGAAACAUGGCUAAAAUCAAGAAAAUCUUUACAUUUCCAUGAUGGUUGAGUUCUUUGGCUAAUUUUAUUUAUCUUAUCUGAAAAAUAGUAUAGUUUUUUUUAAAUGGGAUAAUACAUAUAUUUAAUAUUUCACCAUGAUGGGAACUAAAAAAAGAAAAUAUUCAGUAUGCUGUAUAUAUUAACUAUACUAUGUGUAUGAAUGAUAUUCAUAUUUGCUCAAAAAAUGCUGGGAAUUUAUAAUUUAUUCUGUAACUAUGAAAUUACAAAACAUUGCUGAAAUACCAGUUCUGUCUAUGACAACCCUAAAUUCAGUUGCAAGUCCCAACUAGAGUCUACUCUAAUUGGAAUUAGCAGUUGCAUUUAGGCCUUGAAUUAUAAUGCUUACACUGUGUGCAUAUGUGUAUUUUUAUCUCUAAAGCAAACAUAAUUUGCUGAAAUAUUGGCUGGUUUCUUGCUGAAGGCAUACACAGGCACAAGUAAAAGUUAAACCUGUGUACUGACCCUUUUUGAUUGCUGUGGAGGGAGGAAUUAACUGCCUUUCUCACACAACUUACCAGAAGCCUUGCAAUUCUCACUUUCCUAAUGUGAAGGAUGCCCUUUCAUGGCUGUUUAAUGUCUGGUGGAGAAUGGGAGUCUUCAAAGAAACACAAAGAAGAAGGAAAUAGUGGGUUCAGUAAAAUUAUAAAAUUGGAUGUUAAAAAUUGAAAGUACACAGCGUUGAAGACCAAAUCGAUCAUUUUACACAAGUUUAUUUUAAUAUUAGGAACAUGCAUUUUCAGAUGAGCACAAAAUGUAAUGUCUACAUUCUAUGAAAUGUUCUGUCUACCUGUACUAGUUAGAAUGCACCCUUGAUUUUAAAAUGGGUUCCUUUCCCUCUGUUAAUGGUACAUGCAUCUGGACGUGUAAACACGUAGGAUUAAACCUGAAAGGGACUUUCACUGCUGUAGGGAAGAAUGCCCUAGCUCAGACAUCAGUAACUUGUGGUCCUCAAAAUGAUGCUGGACCACAAUUCCUACCAUCACUGCUAAUUCAAUGGUUGGGACUAAUGGGAGUUCCACAAUGUGGAGGUUUUGGAGGUGGAAUUGGUACACGAGUCUCCUUAAUAUCAUUUCUCUGCUUUACUGUCAUAUGGUGGAGAACUAUUAAUACAUUGAUAUUGCCGUCACCUAUGAAGAAUGGUGAAAGAGGUGUGGUUCCUCACCCCAGUCUCUUAGACUGAGGGAUCAGGGAUCCUUACCACUUCUCAGCUAAUUCAAGACUCCUUUGGUAAUUGUUUAUGCUAUUGAUUAUAAGUGUUCAUUGACGUACACAUACAUACACAUUCCCUCCAGGGAGAAUCACAGACAUAGCAUUGUCUGGGAACUUCAGCGUAGGUAUAUUCCAUAACAUUAUAUGUAAGGCAUUAUUCCAUUAUGUUGACUAUAAGGCAUCUUAUAUAGCCAUCACAUCAUAUUCAUCUGGACAAUAAUAGGGACUUUAUCUUUCUAUGCAAUUCUUUAACAGCUUUGGCAGUAAGUAAUACAUGUAAGAACAUCAGCCUUCUAAACCAGUUAUCAUGUAACAUUCUCCUUGUACCAUCAUAAUUAGAUUUUCCCUAAUCAUAGUUUUUGAUAGUGCCAUUAUAGAGGCAAUUUCAAAAGGUUUUUAAAUAUUUACUAUCUUGUCUCUUACUGUAUUCUUAUCCAUUUUAUACUUAACCAAUUAUCCAUGCCAAUCUCUUCUGUUUCAGGAAUUUUACAACUCUAACAGGCUUUUGUUAGAUUUGUAUAACACAGGCAUUCAAGGGUUAAACUUUAAGCACUUCUUAAGCAAGUCUUGACUGCAUUAAUCACAUGCAAGCAUCCUGAACUUAGCCUGGUGAAAAUCAGCAUUUUUUAUUUUUCAGGAAGGCUAUGGUAAUUGCCUUCUCUUCCCAUGUUGGAGGCUUACCAAAAUGGCAGCCAAAAUAUGUGGCUCCGGUUUAGCUUUUUAAUUCUCCCCUGAUGCCCACUCAGUGUAUCAAAUGAGAGGUUUACAUCUUAUCUAGCUAUUCAACUAUAUAUUGCAGAUCGUAAAGUAACUGAGAAGAAACUAGUUACUUAUGAGAAAUUGGAAAUCAGAGCACUACCUUUACAUUGUAGCCAUUAGUGGCAAUCAACUAUUGGGAAGUUAACUAUAACCAAAUACUUCUAAAAUCUUUUGUCAACUCUGAAAAGGACACACAGUUUUGUUUUCUCUCAGUCCUUUCAUAUGAGUGGUUAUUACAUUAUAAAUUUGCCUCACAAUUUUGCAGUUUUUUCACAGGUUCCAAAGACAUCUGGAGGGCCAGAGUUUCCUAAAUAAUCUUAAAUGCUUGCUCUAGCAGGAUUUUGUAUAUGAAACAUGUAUAUAACUUGCACUUUCAAUUUUUUAUUUUCCUCUGAAUGAUCUACUCUGAAUGAUAUAAAUUGUGCUGGGCUAUAAUUAAACAAAUUUAUCUGA